ACUAAAACUGUACUUUAUUCAACUGUUCCUUCCAUAAAGAUAGAACAUAUAUUUGGAACAAAAACGUUGCAAUUAUUCAAUUCUUUUAGCUUAGAUUUUCACAUAGACGAAGAGGACAUUCACAAUAGAUUAUUGGCGGAUCUCAUAACAGGGUAUUUUGGUAAAAAUGAUAAAGAGAAAGGAAAUUAUGUCAGAUGGAAGCUGCACUUUAGGAAAUACUGCCCGCUACCAACUCAACAAGGAUGUAGUGUCAUGGAAAACUUCGACUAUUUGGAACGAAUUGGAUUACUUGCUGCUGGAAAAUACGACAUUCUCGAAAACAUUUUUCGUUUUGUUGAUGAAAGGGCUUUACGCAACAUCAAACAUGCAUCUCAAAUGAUCAAUGCAAUUAAAUCGACAUCUAUUGACGCUCGAGCAAAUGGAUACCAAUUCUUUGCUGAAAUAAAAAUAAAGAUGUCAAAACGAUGUCCAGCUAUUGAAGAGCAACUGACAUAUAUUCUCAACGACUUUGUUAGUGGGCUGGAGGAUGCUUUUUCACCUCGAUUUCAGUUUCCACCAUUUUACUUUACUCACCAAUCUCUUAUAUGUCCAAUAGAAACUAGUCUUAUGAUUAUGAAAGGAAAAGAACGACCUGAUAAGUUCCCUCACAUUUGGAGAACUACAAAUAUCGCUCUUAAAACUUUAACACAUUUUAUUUCAAAUUACAACAAGGAUGCCUCUAGAUCGUCAAAGAUCAUUGUUCAGACUUUGUUGAAGUUUUUGUCCAACUUAAAACAGAAGUACAAUGUAAAGAGGUGGCAAUUUCUUUGGAAAGAAUUUAUUGUCAUAUCCUUAAAAUUCGAAAGUCCGUUUGAUUUAAAAGCUUUUUUGCGUUGUUCGUAUUUGUUGAGAGAUGACACCAAGGACACAUUUCACCUUAUAUUUGAACAUGUAAACGACAUUCGACUCGCCGUUCCAUAUAUUGAGAUAAAAAACGCAUCUAUUCAAUUUUAAUGACAACAAAUUAUAGAAUUAUUAACGUUUAGAAAUAAAAAUUACAGAUAUA